AUGAAUUCCAACAGAAGAAUGUCGGGGGAUUACCCUCUGAAACAGCUAGAUGCAAAUAAUUUGCCGCCAAGGUUCGACAAGAGGCGGUCCUCGUUGCUAAAGAGGACUUCAUUGGCACCCUCUGGGGCCAGACUAUUGAACUCUAGCCAGGCCACUCUCAGCUCUGUCAAAUCGCGCAAGUCGUUGCCUUUUGUUGAAAGCUCGGCUCAGUCUCACAAGAGAAAGCUUUCUGGAAAUGAGACAAUCAACAAGCGUCUUUCCAUGGCUAUACCCGAUGACCCUCGCCCCAUACGGUCUCAUCAAUACCAGGAGAAAAUGCGCAAUGAUAUCUUUGCAUAUCUCCAGAAUAACGGAUUUGAGCAGAUCCAUCCACUGAGGCCUGAAACUUUGCUUAAACCAACGCAAAAGGACAUUUUGUUCAUGUUCAGAUUUCUGUUUCUCGAGAUAGAUCCCAACAUCAGGUUCUCCGAUUCGAUUGAGAACGACAUCUACCAGUUUCUGAAGGUGUUUGAGUAUCCAUAUGAGAUCCCUUCGCGUACACAAUUAUCUGCAGUUGGGCCCACGAAAUGGCCAAUAGUGAUGUCAAUACUCCAUUGGCUCGUUUCUACUGCGGCUGAAUUCCCUUCUUUGCCUGAAAUCACCUUCAAUGGGUUCGACGAAGAGAAGUUGAUCAGGGCCAUCGAAGAUAACCCUCCUGUUACUGAAACAGCGACCAACCUCCACAUUUCGUACAUAAUCACAAGUGCUGCCCUACACUCGCUGGACAACAAUGGGCUGGAGUCGUUUGAAUUAGUGGAUCGCAGUUUCGACAGCAUCCAGGGAGCGAUAGACAAACUGACAUACAAAGUGGACAGUAUCAACCACGAGGUUGUUGAUCUUGCCAAAAUUGCGAGCGAGAUAGAGGAUUACCAAAACCGAAAUGAUGUUCUGGACUCCGAUCUGGAGAGGAUCGAAGAGUUCAUCGUUGCUGUCAACUCCGCAAUCGAAAGGUCCAAGGCUAUUAUCUCCAAGAAGUCGCCUGCAUUACAGCAGAUCAACGACGAAAUUGAAAACCUGAAAACCGUCAGCAGACAGUUGACUUUCGAAUUGGAAUCUAAGGGAACCUCUGAAGCGGAGAUAAAAAAGUUGUCUACGUCUGUCAACUCCCUGGAGUCAAAGGUUUCGGGAAUGAAGGCUGAAUGUCGGAGUCUAGAGACCGUUAUCGAAGAAAAACUUGAGUCCGUAAAGACGAGUUUUGGCUAUUUCCAAUCGAGUGUUAAAAGCUAUUCUGACAGAUUGCGGGCAAUUUUAGAGGAGUGCAAUCCUGCGGAUUCGGCUAGAUAUGCCUCCUUGCAGUUACUGGAUUGCCCUGAAUCUUACGAGGAACAGGUCCCAAUUUUGCCCAACUUCCAGUAUGCUGAGUUCUCUGGAAGACUCAACGAACUUAGACUUGAACUGGAAGAGACUGUCUUCAAUAAAUCGCAGACUCUCGACAACGUGAAUGGCGAGGUGUCGCUUCUGCAGGAGCAAAUCCAGACCAACAGAAAGGACAUCGAGCAGUUGGAAAUACAGAUAAAGACGGAAGAGGCUAGACUGAAAGAAGACAGAGAUAAGAAGACAAGGGAAUCGAACGAGUUGGCUACCAGAACGAACUCCAUCAAGAACGAGACAAGAAGUCUAAUUUCGCAGACGAAGAGCCUCGUGCAGGAAAUUGCCGAGAUGAAGGCUAAGAUCGUGAAACAUUACGAUGGUUUCAUCAAGGACUUGGCCGAAGAGUUCAAGGAAGACUGGAUAAUCGCAGACACUUUUGUUGAGUACGCAAACUCACUGGAUAGAUCCAUCCAAUCAUCUCUCUUUAAUGCCCUUAAUGAGAUCUCAUCUGUGAUUGAUCAGCAGGAGAGGAUGUUGGGACUCUGA